AAAUUGAGAUUUGUGUAGCCUAUAUUUAGAAGAACUUGUCAUUUGUAAGAUCACUGUCUAAAUAUAGAUUAUCAAGCUGCUUAUGUAGACAGCAUUUUGUGGCUUUGUAGUAACGUUUGGAAUAUUCAAGCAUUCUUUGCACCCUUAGCGUCAGCAAAAUAUUAGCAAUUCAUAUUCGCAUUUAAAAAGGAUGGCGUUUCGAACGCACUUAAUGUUGCCUUGCAGCUUGCAACGCGUACUAGCUAGGCAGUUCUCUGGGUUUUGAGACGCUGCUUCUGAACAGGCGCUUCAGUAGCAGGAAGUACCGGAACAAACACGGGUAAAACGUUUCAAUUAAUGCAUACGUAUAUGAAGUAUUAUUUUUGUUUUAAUUUAACUGUUCGAAGACGGCCCUUUUAAUCCAGUAAUACGGAAUAUAUAAAGGGAUGUUGUCCAUAACCUGACCUCAGGCUUCCUAGAAAGAAGAGUGGAUUUGGGUUGCUCAGUGUUUAAUUCAGGCCCAGAUAGUUUGCUGAAGUGAGAUCGCAGCCCAUCUCCUCAGCAUGGAGAUAGCUGUGGCUAAAAUCCUCUGCCUGCUGGGGGUGUUUGUCCUCAUGUUGGGGGGCAUCCUUAUUCCUGUGAGGGUGAUGCAGAUGGACUAUGAUAAAGUCACAAGGUACAGAAGAGUAGUUGCUUUAAGCAACUCUUUUGGAGGAGGUGUAUUUCUGGCCACCUGCUUCAAUGCCCUUCUACCAGCAAUUAGAGAAAAGGUUGAGGACAUUUUGAAAGAGGUAAAGAUCACCAGUCAGUACCCACUGGCAGAGACCAUGAUGAUGCUUGGAUUUCUCCUCACCGUAUUUGUGGAACAGGCUGUGCUUACUUUUCGCAAGGAGAAGCCCUCGUUUAUCGACCUAGAGACAUUUAAUGCUGGUGGCUCGGAAGUGGGGAGCGACUCAGAGUAUGAUGCUCCAUUCAUUGCUCCCGCUCGGGGUGCAGCCAGAGCCCAGCAGCACCAUUCUUAUCACCACGGACACUUCAACCCUUCUGAGCUGAAGCGUGCUGGGCUAUUGAGAUUAGCUAGCCUAGUGCUAGCACUGUCUGCUCACUCUAUCUUUGAGGGUCUUGCUUUGGGUCUUCAGGACGAUGGGGCUAAACUUGGAAGUCUCUUCAUUGGAGUGGCCAUCCACGAGACACUAGCAUCUGUGGCGUUGGGGGUUAAUGUAGCCAAGGCAGGAGUCCCCUUACGAGAUGCCAGUAAACUGGGCUUAACAGUAAGCCUAAUGAUUCCUCUGGGCAUUGGGAUUGGCAUGGGUAUUGAAACGGUCCAACACUGGACAGAAAGUAUUAUAUCUGUAGUGCUCCAGGGCCUGGCAGCUGGCACAUUCCUCUUCAUUACGUUCUUUGAGAUCCUCUCACAAGAGCUGGCGGAUAAACACGACAGACUACUGAAAGUGCUGUUUCUUGCACUAGGCUAUGGUGUACUAGCAGGGCUUGUCUUUAUCAAAUGGUAAAGGAGUUCAAAAGUGAACAAAUUCCAUAAUCUAUUGCCACUCCUAUUCUUUUUCUUUUUUUUUUUUCCCAUUCUUUAGGUAAAUAUCACACUGUAUUGUUUUGUUCAUUUAACAGUCAAUAUUUACCAAUAUUAUGAUGACUCAAUGAAUAUUACUGUUUUGUUUUGUUGAAGAAUUUGCUUUCAGAUACAAUUAGUUGAAUGCAAAUGUAAUGGAAUGUUAACAAGAGACUGGAAGCAAGUUCUGUCAGGACCAUUUUCGUUAAAGUUGGUUCUGUUCUCGGCAAGAACUCCCUGCGCAGCCAUGCAGCCUGCCAUGAAUAAGAGCAGGGAGAACAGCGAUAACCCCCCUAGUGUAAACAGAACAGAAACAACAUAAAUGUAUUGCAGAUAUCAUUAAUGUUCAAUAAUUUAAUGUACUUCAUAAUUCAAGAAAUUCAAAGGGGAAUCAGAAGGCCAAAUCCUGACUGGACAAGAGGAGGUGCUAGGGAUGGAGGAGGGUAAUUAGCUCCUGAGCAAUGUGAUAGAUGCUGAUAUUACUGAUGGACCUUAUAUAUGAAUGCUGUGAUAGGCGUCAUAUUCCCAUAGGUAGAUGUGGAUCAGAUGAGAGUCAGCUAAUGCGAGCUUGACUGACGUGACCUGCCAGAACUAACACUACACUUGAUUUAUUUUUAACUUAAAGUUGAAUGUUUUUAGUAAGAACUUUGUGUUGAAUUUGAUCAGAUUUAUUUACAAUAAAUUCAGUGUAGUUGAGUGCACAUAAUAGUCAAACUGCCAAAAGUUACUUGACUGAGCAGCUUUACUGGGGGAAAACACAUGAUCAAGGCAGAGAAUAAAGGUUUGGUUGUGAGCUGACUGCUGGGGCUGUAGACAGAUAAAUGGUGUUUUGAAUUAGAUUAUUUGAUUAUUGGGGAGCUUUUUAGCUGAAUGAAUUUAAGUGGCCUGUGAUUGGUGGUUCACCAUUUGAUGUAAUGUACUCAAUGUAAUGUUCUAGAUUUGAACUAUCUAUUGAACUAGGGUUUUUUUUUUAAAUGCAGAGAAUUGUUGAAUUUAUGAUUUCUGUUUAUAAGCUUAUGUGGUGCAUUAUUAAAAUGGAAAUUGGGCAUGAAUAUUGCCCAUAGUGAACCUAAGGAAAUUUAAAAUUCACAACAUUUUUUGUGUGUUUGAACAAUCUUUUGUAUAUCUUUAUUUUACUUUCACAUUUUUAUGUACUUUUACAGCCAUAUGAAUCUUUAUGGAUAUAUUGUUUUAAGUCAUAUGAGAGGAGUUCUCAAUACCCUUUUCAAUGUUCAAGUAUUUCUGGGCAGUUUUCACAAGUUGUAUAUCAGAUCUGUUGCUUGACAAGAAAAAGUUAAUCUGUAGCCUUUUCCUGUCUGUGUUAUUUUACAAGGAUCAAUGAUAUUUAGUAUUUAAGUGAUGCAAACUCUCCUUUUUAAAAAAGCAUACAGAAUUGUAUCUAUAAUUUUUAAUUUAAUAAAGUAAUUCUCUUAGUUGUGUAAUUAUAUUUUAAUCAGAA